CGCGAAUACUCAGCCACAGUUCCUUCGUCCGUCGUUUGACGCGACAGCUGUUUCUCAGGUUCAACAUCCUGCACUUCUUGCAUCAACUCAACAAGGUUGGCUGCAUACUCGCCGAACUCUUCGCGACAGGAUCCCCGAGUUAUUUUUCACAAUGCAAGCUCGAUCUUUAUACCGUUUCAAGACGCAGCACUCUAGUGGCGUUGGAUCAUCAUCUGCGCGCAUAGAUCGCUCAAAGCACCAAGGCUUACAGACUCGAGUUAAAGCAGGGCUUUAUGUCAGCAACCAACAGGGCAAGGGUCCAUCGCCUAUUGUGCUGGAAAGGUUUCAAAGCGUUGCCAGCCAACUCAUGUCGCAGCGUAUUAUUCGACUCGGCGGUGCAGUAGAUGACGAUAGCUGCAACUUAAUCGUAGCUCAACUUCUUUGGUUAGAUGCUGCAGAUCCCACGAAAGACAUUACACUGUACGUAAAUUCACCUGGGGGCUCCGUUACAGCAGGAAUGGCGGUGUUUGAUACAAUGCGACAUAUUCGUCCCAACGUUUCUACGGUUUGUGUGGGUCUUGCGGCAUCUAUGGGUGCGUUUCUUCUUGCUUCUGGUCAUCCGGGCAAAAGAUACAGCCUUCCGAACAGUAGGAUCAUGAUUCACCAACCUCUUGGUGGUGCACAAGGUCAAGCCGCAGAUAUUGAGAUACAAGCUAACGAAAUCAUGCAUCAUAAGUCAACGCUGAACGGCUACCUCGCUGAAUUUACCAAGAAACCACUUGAGACGGUGAUGGAAGAUACCGAUCGAGACUUUUUCAUGUCGGCUAAGGAAGCCGUUGAGUAUGGCCUUAUAGACGCUAUCAUUGAGCACCCCACAGACGUGGCUGUCAAGGCUUCGGGCAUACCUAUGUAUGCGUCUGGACUGUAAGACGACUGCUUCGUCUCGUUUUCCAUUGUAAAAGUGACUCUGGUUAUAAUGUAUGAGUCGGCGUGUAGAAGAAAAGCGAUUAUCCGACGACACGUCAUUUUUCAUGUUGUUCCAGCGAGAGGUAAAAAUACAUCGCACCAGAACGCACCUCGUCUAUGUUGGACGUUCCUUAGCGACAAUUUGUUAUGAACACCAACCAACGAAUCCUCAGAUUUGCAAACAUCUCGCGGCAUGCGACACGACAACCUCUACACUCAAGGUUUGCGUGGCAAUCAGCCUCACUUGGGCUAGAGUUCCAGUCUCGAACGGUAAGGUUGGUGUACACUACGGCCGAAGCUUGGCGAGUUUUAGGGAGCUUCAGAUAGGUCGUAGACUUCAUG